AUGUCCUGUGAACAUGUCCUGGGAACAUGUCCUGGGAACAUGUCCUGGGAACAUGUCCUGGGAUCAUGUCCUGGAAACAUGUCCUGGGAUCAUGUCCUGGAAACAUGUCCUGGGAUCAUGUCCUGGAAACAUGUCCUGGGAUCAUGUCCUGGGAACAUGUCCUGGGAACAUGUCCUGGAAACAUGUCCUGGGAUCAUGUCAUGGGAACAUGUCCUGGGAACAUGUCCUGGAAACAUGUCCUGGGAACAUGUCCUGGGAACCUGUCCUGGAAACAUGUCCUGGGAUCAUGUCCUGGGAACCUGUCGUGGGAACAUGUCCUGGAAACAUGUCCUGGGAACAUGUCCUGGAAACAUGUCCUGGAAACAUGUCCUGUGA